AUAGAUGGUUUGCUCAAUCACAAAUCAUCACAAGAACAAAAACAACACAUAAAGAAAAGAGUUUAUAGGAAAGGGGAGAGAAACCUUAUCUUCCACCUAAAGAUCAUCUAAGAGUUUCUUUUCAAGUCUUCAAGCCAAACCAUUGAAGAAGAAGAAACCAUUCAAGGAAGCAUCAUUUCUACAAUGAGUGGAGCAUCAUUUCCUGCUAAUUUGCCAUCUAUGGUCUCUAUUGUUCUGAUCCUCACUGGAACCAACUUCUCAGAAUGGAAAGAGAAAGUUGAGUUCACAUUAGGAGUACUAGAUAUGGAUUUGGCACUUCGUGAAGAAGAGCCAGAUCCCUUAACUAUAAUUAGUACUGAGGAAGAAAAGGCUCUCCAUAAAGCUUGGGAGAAAGCGAACAGAUUAAGCAUGAUGUUUUUAAAAAUGACCAUAGCUAGCAAUAUUAAAACUUCCCUUCCAAAUGCAGAUAAAGCUAUAGAUUAUGUAGCAGCUAUAGAAGAACGGUUUAAGACUGCAGACAAAUCCCUUGCAGGGAAACUUAUGGCAGAUCUUACAACCAUUAAGUAUGAUGGGACCAUGUCUAUGCAUGAACAUUGUAUUGAAAUGACCAACCUUGCGGCUAAACUAAAGAAUUUAGGAAUGAGUAUCAAUUAUAAUGCAAUUGAUGAAAGGUGGACAUCUAAUGAAUUGGCUAAUAAACUAGUCCAAGAGGAGGCUAGACUUGGUCGUGAAGGAAUUAAAGUUUCCCAUCAUGUUCAAGGAGCUGGACCUAAAGUUGGGUUUGGGCAUAAAAAGAGCCAUCAAAGAGCACAACCCACAAUGAACGAUUCCGAUCAAGUUAAUCCGAAGAAAAAGGCAAAGAAAGAUUACAGGUGCAACUUUUGUAAAAAGGUUGGACACUUUCAGAAAGAUUGCCCUAAAAGAAGAGAAUGGUUCGAAAAGAAAGGGAUUCCUUACGAUCCAGACCAUAAAUUCAAGUGAAAACUACUUACUGAUGGGAAAUCGAGACAAGGCACCAGUUGAAGCUGUUGGCACCUAUCGUCUCAUUUUAGAUGGUAGAUUUU